GUUGUCUCGUUCAAGAGCUUCAGUCGUUCUUGACUCUUCGAACGUAACGAUUAUCGACUUGUAACGGCUUCGCCGAACGCAAUAAGGAAUUAAAAAAAAAAAAACAAUAAAAUUACAGUUCGUGUGUGUAGAAAAAAAAUAGCGAAGGAGUUUAAAAAACAUGAGGUUGCUGAAGUGUUUCGUGCCGAUUGUGCUGGUGUUGCUCGUUGAAAAUUCUUCCGCGUCCGGAGGUUUACUUGGUCUGUUGAAUCAUGUGAAGAAGGAACAUCCGGCAGUGUUUGGCGGUGGAUCAGCCGUUGCCGAUGCCAAAGCUUCUUCCCAAGCUUUUGGAGGAAACAAUGCUGCCGCUUCCGCUGACGCUAAAGCGUAUUCGCAAGGAUCUGGAAUAGCCACGGCCAAUGCUGAUGCGUCUGCUACAGCCGGUGCUUCAGGUUUGUUAGGUCACCUAACUCACAUUGGAGACCAUAUUGGAGGACACGUGAAACAGAUCCUUGGUAUUCCGCAACAAGGUUCAAGUGCUCAGGCGAACAGUAACACGUUCACUUCCGACAGAGAUCUGAAUUUGGGACCGAUAGGAAUUAAAAGCCAUCACUCCUUCAGUACAUCCAAUGCAAAGGCAACUGGCAAUGGAUUAGCCUCUGCUGGUGCUACAGCGAAUUCUCAAGCUUCUGGAGGAGCCUCGGCCAAAGCUGAUGCCUCUGCCAUAGCUGGUGCCCAAGGUUACGCUGGUUCUUUAGGUCCAAAUUAUAAUUCUAACACCAACAACUAUGGUGACGGGUACGAUAGCUACCCAUCAAACGAUCAACAGUACGGUAGUUAUGGUGGUUCUCAGUCGGGUGCAAACGCAGCUGCAAAUGCUAACGCGUACGCUGGUGCAGCUAGCAAUGCGAAUACCAAUUCAAAUGUGAAUCUAGAUAUCUAUCCAAGCGGAGGUGCGAAAACUAACGUAAAUUCAAACGGUAAUGGUUUACCAGCCAUUUAUUACCAUGGAAACGAGCGAGCCGAUGCAAACGCCAUAACUGGAGCCAACAGUAUUUCUCUGGGACAACCUACUUUAACCGUGUCUCCAGCUGGAGGAUACGAUUAUGAGAUCGAAAAGUUUCCUCCUGCGUAUCAUCCUCAUCCUCGUCCUCACCAUCAGCCUCAACCUCACUAUCAGCCUCAUCCUCACUAUCAGUCUCAUCCUCAGCAUCAGCCUUCGGUGAUCGUUCGUCCAUACCAACCACCUGCACGCAACGAUGAGACAGUGAUACCAAUAGUGAUCGUAGAUGGUCCUCCACAUGGUAGACCAAUGCCUCAUUAUGGUCCAAGACCAGUACCUCACUAUGGUCCAAGACCAGAACCUCAUUAUGGUCCAAGACCACAGUACGGUCCGAAACCUAAGCCAGAACCAAUUGAGAUCAUCGUAAUAGAAGAGCCGGAAUCGCCGAGGCAAGGCCAAGGAUUUGGAAAUGGCAACGCCAAUGCAAACGCCAACGCCAUGGCUAUUGCCAAUGCUAACGCUGCUACCAAUGGAAACUACCAAGUUCCAUCAGGCUCUCAUCAACAGCCACAGUAUUAUUCAUCGAGUGCUCCAUCGGGACCCAUCGGAGCUAACAAUCCCUUCCUGAGCAGUUCUGGGGCGAAUACCAAUGUAGGCGCUAACACCAAUGGAGGCGCGUAUCCAGGUCAAGGACAGGGUACAGGACACUACCAAACUGGUCCAUCCGCUCCUAUAGGCGGAAAUAAUCCAUUCCUAAGUGGUUCUGGAAAUGGUAACGCUGGUGCAAAUGCUGGUGCAAUUGCAAAUGCUGGUGCAACUGCAAAUGCUGGUGCAAUUGCAAACGCUGGUGCCACGGGUGGUUCUCAAGCACCAAUUGGUGCAAACAAUCCCUUCCUGAAUGGUGCACUUCCAAGUGGAGGAAAUUAUGGAUCCAACACAGGUGCCAAUGCUGGAGCAACUGGAGGAAGCCAGUAUACCAUGAAGAACAUCCCUACCACGUAUCCUGGUGCAGGAAACUAUGGUGCACCUUCUUCAGGAGUGGCAGGUUCAGGAGCUAACGCAGGUGCCAAUGCUGGAGCGAUUGCAGGAAGUCAGAAUGUCAUCAAGGGCGUCCCUACCAUGUAUCCUAGUGGAGGAAACUAUGGUGCACCUUCUUCAGGAGCUGCAGGUUCAGGAGCUGUCGCGAACGCUGGUGCGAACGCGGGUGCCAAUGCUGCGGGAUCAGGUGGAUACAACCAACCAAUUAAAACAACUCCAUUAACGGUUCCAGCGUCUCCUGAAGGUUCUUACUACAAUGGAGCAAGUGGUGUUAAUGGACAAUCUGGCUCCAAUAGCGUAUUCGAAAACCCUGCAGCGAACUCUGGUGCUAAUUCUGGUACUGGUGGCUAUGGAGCCCCAACGUAUGGAACCUCUGGACCUGCUUAUGGUAGUGGAUCUUCUGGAGCAAACGCUGAUAGCAAGGCUAGUGCUCUAGCCAAUGCUGGAAGCAGUGGAUCUGGAUUUGGAGGAGCUGGAAAUACUGGAUUUUCUGGAACAGGAGGAUAUGGACAAGGUGGAGCUAAUGCUGGAGGCAGUGGAUCAGGAUUAGGAGGAGCUGGAAGUAUUGGAUUUUCUGGAGCUGGAGGAUAUGGACAAGGUGGAGCUAAUGCUGGAGCUAACAGCAAAGUCAAUGCUGGAGGCAGUGGAUUAGGAUUUGGAGGAACUGGAAGUACUGGAUUUUCUGGAGCUGGAGGAUAUGGACAAGGUGGAGCUAAUUCUGGAGGCAGUGGAUCAGCAUUAGGAGGAGCUGGAAGUACUGGAUUUUCUGGAGCAGGAGGAUAUGAACAAGGUGGAGCUAAGGUUGGAAGCAGUGGAUCAGCAUUAGGAGGAGCUGGAAGUACUGGAUUUUCUGGAGCUGGAGGAUAUGGACAAGGUGGAGCUAAGGUUGGAAGCAGUGGAUCAGCAUUAGGAGGAGCUGGAAGUACUGGAUUUUCUGGCACAGGAGGAUAUGGACAAGGUGGAGCUAAUGCUGGAGCUAACAGCAAAGUCAAUGCUGGAGGCAGUGGAUCAGGAUUUGGAGGAGCUGGAAGUACUGGAUUUUCUGGUACAGGAGGAUAUGGACAAGGUGGAGCUAAUGCUGGAGGCAGUGGAUCAGCAUUAGGAGGAGCUGGAAGUACUGGAUUUUCUGGAGCAGGAGGAUAUGAACAAGGUGGAGCUAAGGUUGGAAGCAGUGGAUCAGCAUUAGGAGGAGCUGGAAGUACUGGAUUUUCUGGAGCAGGAGGAUAUGGACAAGGUGGAGCUAAGGUUGAAAGCAGUGGAUCAGUAUUAGGAGGAGCUGGAAGUACUGGAUUUUCUGGCACAGGAGGAUAUGGACAAGGUGGAGCUAAUGCUGGAGCAAACAGCAACGCCAAUGCUGGAAACAGUGGAUCUGGAGUAGGUACUCCCAUCAAGGGUUUGCCCAGUUACGGAUCCACUGGACCAGGUUACAACACCGGACUUUCUGGAGGUGCUGCUGGUGCGAGCGCGAAUGCUAACGCGGUAGCUAAUGCUGGAAGCACUGGAUCGGCUGGUAACUUGGGAGGAAACGCUGGUAGCGAUGGAAAUUCCUAUGGUGGUGUUGGAUCUUCUGGUUUUAACGGUGGAGGUGGAGCUUCUUCCGUAGCGGGCGCCAAAGCUGAUGCCACAGCAACAGCUGGAGGUUAUGGACAGGGCUCGUCAAGCGCAUCUUCCACCGCGAAUUCCAGCUCUUUCGCGAGCGGAGGAUCUGCUUCGGCAACUAGUUCAGCUAAAUCGUCGGCCUUCGGAAGCGGAAAUGCCUCGGCCAACGCGAAAGCAGUAGCAUCGAGCAGCGCGAACGCCGGAUCAGGUGGUAGCUCAGCCUCCAGUAACGCAGAAGCUAAAAUCGACACGAGGAGUAUGCUCGUCUUCAGCCAAUAAUCGCUCAAACGUCGAAGUAUGCGAGAUUCUUGACGAGAUUCUUCAACGAUCAACCGAACUGACGCCAUGGACGUGCCAUUAUUCUGUAAUUUUUACGAAUACUCCUUCGAACGUAGUUAAGAUUUCUAAGGUAGAUUGUAGGGUACGUCACUGAUCAUGUACUCGAAGACACGAUCGACUAUUUUAAUGUCACAUAAUUAACGACAAGAUCGUAGAUACGGUCACAUUUAUGUAUAAUGGUGAUACGGUGUAAUGAAGAUUGAUGCAGUAAAUCAAUCGAUGUUAUGCAAUUUUUAUCUUUUUCAUUGCGAUAAUCUGUUCAAUCGAGUCGUUAGUUCAAAAUUGAUUCCUAACAUGUGAUACUGUUCUUGCCAGAAUUCAUUCUAAAUAUCCUUUCCUUCGAAUUGAAAAGUAUGUUCACAGUCGCUUCUUAUGGAAUAAUAUUCUAGCUAUUUAUCGAUAUUAGUAAUUAAAUGUUAAAUUAUCGAUAGCUCUCUGGGUUAGAUCAAGUGUUUGUACGAUUAGGUAACAAUUUAUUUAUUUGUCCAUAGUUUCUUCGAUCACGACACUGCUGACUAAACGUAAGAUGUUACAUCGUUUUUCACCGAUUCUCCUCGAAGUUGUAUUAAAAUGCAUGUUUUAUUCACUAUGACGUAUUUGAGAUUGAGCAAAUAUUGUAAGGGUCAUAGUUGACUGCUACGAUAUCUUUCGUAUUGCAAAGCAUUUCGUUUCAAAGUAAACUUUCGAUGACUCUCAAUCACUUAAAUUCGAAAAUACCGAAAGACUUAUGAUUGAUUUUCCAAAUUGGAAAUGAAUUUUAAUAAAAGUUAUAUUGUACAAUACUGUCGUUUCAUACAAAAUGAAUGGUUAAAAAUGCUUGUCCUGUUAAUUACUAAUGUACCAUGACAUCUUGCAAUUUGUACGUAAUUAUUGAUAAUCACUUUUUGCAAAGAGCAUUUUGCAUCUUAGCGUAAUUAUCGUCUAUUAUCAUGCCUUAUCAUACCGCGACGGAUAUCGUCUUCCACCUCUGCCUUGCUCUCUUAUGUAACAUAAAUAUAUAUUAUUGUAUUCUCUGUACGAAAUAAGAAUUUAAUAAACACCAUGAUUUUCUAUCGACA